AUGAAUGACAGAACAUUCAUUGCUGAAUUUAUUACAUCACAAAAAAGAAGCCAAGAGGAGGAUAAUGAAGUUUCAACCAGGCAAAUUAAAAGUAAACUAUGCAAUAUGGAAAGCAAGGAAAUGACUCCUGAUUACUGUGAACUUUCCAACAAAGUGGAAAAUGAAAUUGAAUUGGAUCUCAAAAAGACAUUUGAUAAAGAAUAUAAUAAAAUGAAAGACAAUCUGAAGUGGAAACUCAAAUCCACAGGCAGAGUCAUGGAGGACACUUUAUAUGAAUGCGUGCCUGAUUUCACAUCAGAGCACUUAAUUCAUUCAUUUACUAUAGAUAUAGAUGACCCGAUAAUCAAAGGAAUCUUUUUUCCUCAAGAAUUACAAGAAAUUGAGGAAACAAAUGUUAAAGAAGAUCCAGACUUAAGCUCCAAACUUUAUGGAAAUCUAGCACAUUUUUGUUCCGAGGCUGGAAAAUACUACAAAGAACAAGGUGCAACCAAGUGGCUUUAUGAGUCGAGAUUAAAGCUUCCAAAGAUGAUGCAUGAUAUGUUUAUUAGCUUAUGUAAGAAUACAGAUUGGAAUUUAGAAAAAAUGGAAAAAAUGGAAAAAAUGGAAACAGUGGAAGAUAUUGAGUCCUUUAAUGAUGCAAUAGAAUUGAUUACAGCAGUUUGGAAGAGCAAGAUGCGAGUUGUCAAUAUGAUGGCAUUAUUAAAUAGCACAGAAAAAGAUGUCAUUGUUGAUCACCUGUCGACAAUUAAAAGAAAUAUGAAUAAUCACACUAAUCAAACUAAUGAAAUCAAAAAAAUUCUUCCAGAGAAUCAAACUACACCAGAAAAGGCUCAAAAAAAAAGAUUGUUAGAUAAAUCUUGUAUAAAAUCAUCAUUAAACAUGCAAUCCGAAAUUGAUUUAUUGAGACAAGAGAAUGCCAGACCUAUGGCUAGAGUUGUAGAAUUGGAACAGACUAUAUUAUUAGAUUUACGUUCGUUAAUUAAUAAUCUUAAUUUGGUCAUUGGUCCACAUCGUGAAAAUGGAAAAAAUAAAUAUGUAAAAGAUAUGGAAAUAGACACAAAAAAUAACUUCAUGCUGGCAAAAUUUAAUCAAACAUAUUCAGAAUUAAUCCGGAAAAUACCACCUCCACUAGAAAAUGAAGCUUGGGAACGUCUUAUUUCUAGAAAGCGUGAUCCAAUAUCAGAAGAAGAGACUAGUUCUGUAAAUCCAUUAAUAAAAGCGUUUUUAAGACAUGAAGUUAAUAGGUACCAGAAAAAAAUAAAAUCCCAGCGACAAAGUUAG